UAAAACUGAAACAAUCGUUGUGUAUAGCCAACAUGCGCAAAACCGAAAGUUGCACUCAAUCAAUCGCCCAUUAACUGAAAAUUCUGACUCACCCCCCCAAUUCAUUCCAGAAACGACAUCAAGAAUAAACGUCUUGCCCUGUGUACGUUACUCCACCUAGCUCAACCCUUCUAAUUAAAUUUACUGCGUGAGCAGGGGAAACUACCCGUUCAAAACCGGAAGAGGCAUUUUAAGUGCCAGCUUCAACAUUUCUUAAUUGUUGUCUGCGCCGGUUAACCCUGCAGAAUUACAUGAGCCAUUAAAAUCUGGAAAAUGAAUAAUAGAUACACUGGAACGGAGCUGUGAAGUAUACUGCAUGACAUAACCCCUCCUUCCUCUGAGGAUGUCCAAGAACCCUCGGUCUCCGCCUGAGCAUCUCAGCAUCUUACCGUGAUAUGUGACAAUGAAUUCGCCUAAUCAGUGAACUUUGAUCGCGAAAAUCGAGUAUCCAUUCGUAUGCGUGGAGUUUUGUGUAGAUGAAUUUAGACGGCGUGAUGUUUCCAACAUAAAAUGGGCAUGAGGAGUCGGGGAGGCAUGUUGAGACUGUUGGUGGUGUAUCUGGAACUCGUGAUCGUUAUCAGGGCCGCCCCUGCUUUCAUGAAAAACGCCAAAAUAAGCACCAGGAUCGUUCAGACGCGAUACGGUCGUCUUCAGGGAUUGGUGGUGCCUAUGGACCAGUAUAGAUAUCUGAAACCAGUCGAGGUUUUCUUGGGCGUACCAUAUGCCACACCACCGAUCCAAUCCAAUCGUUUCAGUCCCACGCGUGCGCCCAGUCCAUGGGACGGUGUUCGGAUUUCGGACAAGAUGGGACCGGUAUGUCCGCAGAAACUACCAGACAUCAGCAAUGAAACGGCGGCUUUAGAGAGAAUGCCCAAAGGAAGGUUGGAGUACCUGAAGAGACUCUAUCCGUACCUGAGGAACCAGAGCGAGGAUUGCCUCUAUCUGAACGUCUUUUCUCCUACUCAAGUGUCUUCCGAAACACGUCAUCCAGUUUUAGUUUACAUUCAUGGUGAGUCAUUCGAAUGGAACUCUGGAAACCCAUACGAUGGAAGUGUAUUAGCAUCCUACGCAGACCUGGUUGUAGUCACCUUGAACUAUAGACUUGGUAUAUUAGGUUUUCUCAAUGCCAAUCCGGCCCCUCAUCUGAAGGCAAGGGUAGCCAACUACGGUCUCAUGGAUCAAAUAGCAGCUCUACAUUGGAUCCAAAAGAACAUAGCCCUCUUCGGCGGUGACCCCAGCAACGUCACUCUAGUCGGCCACGGCUCAGGCGCAGCUUGUAUAAAUUUCCUCAUGAUCUCCCCCACAGUUAUGCCGGGUCUCUUUCACCGAUCCAUCCUCCUUAGCGGAUCAGCCCUAUCCUCCUGGGCUCUAGUAGAAGAUCCAGUCAAUUACGCCGUGAAGUUAGCCAGAGAGGUCAACUGCACGAUACCAGACGACGUGGGCAAAGACCACGAGAUGAUCGUCGACUGCCUCAGGGACGCGCCCUUGGACCAUCUCCUGAACGCUGAUGUGUCACCGCCAGCUUACCUAAGUAGUUUCGGACCCAGUGUGGACGGUGUGGUCAUCAAGACCGAUUUCGCGAAAGAACUAGUGACCUAUUUCAAACCCUCCGAACUCCAAAGUUUCGUGGGUGCGGUUAACGCCAACAUGAAGCGGAGCGAAGCUACCAUCACCCCCAGGGCAAACAACCCUUACGACCUCCUGUUCGGGGUCGUCACCAGCGAGGCCCUGUGGAGGUUCUCCUCCAACGACAUCCAAUCGGGAUUCGAGGGCGAACGCAGAGACAAGAUCAUAAGGACUUAUGUGCGGAACGCGUACACUUACCACUUGAGCGAGAUCUUUUUCACGGUCGUGAACGAGUACACGGAUUGGGAGAGGACGGUACAGCAUCCGAUCAACACCAGGGACGCCACUGUGCAGGCGUUGAGUGACGCUCAGUAUGUGGCGCCACUGGUGCAGACCGGGGAUCUGUUGAGUGUUAAGACGGCGCAGAGCGAGAAGGACCAGGUGGAUUCGAAGACGUUUUUUUAUGUGUUCGAUUACCAGACGAAAGAUGGCGACUAUCCCCAGAGAAUGGGAACUGUUCAUGGAGAAGAACUGCCUUAUCUAUUCGGUGCUCCUUUAGUGGAUGGCUUCAACCACUUCCCAAAGAAUUACAGUAGAGCCGAAUUGGCAUUAGCGGAGUCUUUCAUUAUUUUCAUAGGAAAUUUUGCUAGAACGGGGAACCCGAACGAACAUCACAAGCAGGAACCUGUGCUGGCCGCCUCCAGGGAAAGAAAUAGAUUUCGUUCCAUUCUCUGGGACGAGUACGAUUCAGUUCAUCAGAAAUAUCUGGAAAUAGGUAUGAAACCAAGAAUGAAGAACCACUUCAGAGCCCAUCAGCUAAGCGUUUGGUUGCGCCUCAUACCAGAGCUCCAUCGAGCUGGCAUGGAAGAUGUAGUCGCCCGUCACAACCUCUUCAGAAAUCAUAAUAACGCAGACCUCUACGAUGGCCCAGUCCGCCCGGAUCCUCUAUCAAGAGUAAGCUAUUACGAUCCCACCAUGGAGCUCAUCAGAAGAAGACCAAACUCCACACUCACCAGCAUCGAUGUCCCUACAACCAUCGAUACAAUAGUGACGACAUGCGUCAACGUAGUCUCAGCCAGCAAUUUCAACCACCAAUCUUUCCAGAACGCGAAUGCUUCCGAUCCCUUGGCCAGCUUAGAAGCGGCAGGAUACGCAGCGUAUAGCACUGCUUUGAGCGUUACCAUAGCUAUCGGUUGUUCAUUGCUUGUCCUGAACGUUUUGAUCUUCGCCGGAGUGUACUACCAACGUGAUAAGACCAGAUUGGAGGUGAAAUCUUUACAGCAACAGCAGAGGAAUCAGAGCAGCUUCGAAACCAUAUCCAAACACAGUCACUACCAUCUGGGCCACUCUCAAAGUUCCAAUAUAAUAGUGGACGUGGAACAGGACACCUCCGCAAUGAUUUUAAGCGCACAGAACGCCCAAGAAAUGCAUGCGAUGAGCAAACAGCAUCUCAGGCCGACUUUCCAGCUUCCAGGAUCUCUAUCAGCUCCUCCUCCAAGUCCAAACGAUUUGGCUCAACAAAACCAAUACAAAACGCUGCCGAAGAACGCCACCAACACCUCCUUCCACAGCUACAACCCGGGCUCUAUGACUCUUCCGAAAAAUUCCAGCCUGAUGAACAACUCCGCCUGUGUGAUAGCAGAGCUGCAGCAAGGCAUGGUCCAGCCUCCUAACGGAAACCCGCCAAUACCUAUGAACGUGCCAAGGCCGCCUCCACCGCCAAGGUCGAAGAGUCCACCGGAAAACCAGCCCUUGCUGCCGAACAACGUGGGCCUGAACAAGGGUAAUAUGAGGGUACCUCAGGCCGCCAUGAGCGAGAUGAGGGUGUGAUAUUCUGUGCUCAAGACUUUAUUCGUCCUUUAAAUUAAAUUCAAGUUUGUGGUGCAAAUAUACAAAUGAAGAACAAAUUAACUGAAUUCUUCAAGACACGCAGAAUAUCCAUUUUUGUCAUUUCAUCAAUUUCAUUUUAUGAUCUGGUUUUGAAGUCAUUCAGGAUAUAAUAAUAGAUUGUAAAAUAUUCGACUGUUACCGAUUAUAACAAGUUUUUCAUGUUCACUGAGAAACAUUAACAUGAAUGUUAACCAAGUAACAUGUUACCUUUAAACACAUAUGUAAAUAAUUAUUACUUUUCUCUGAUAUUCAAAGGAUUUGAUCAAUAUCUUGCAGCAUAUGGAUAUUUUAUUUUCAAGGUGUUGAAAUUUUCACGAUCAAAUAUCAAUUUUUCCUUCAAACAAAAUUAAUUAUUCGGUUUCCAUUGGAUAAACAUAUCAUCUAGCUCAUUUCCAUUGAUAGAAAUAUGUUUUUAUUUACUGCAACAUUUUUCCAGCAACAUUUUCUUAAUUGAGUCUAGGUGGCAUCAAAUGAAUGUAUAUAUUUAGGUGGAAUUUAUAUCAAAGUAAAUGAAUCUGUUCAUUCGUUCCAAAUUGUGAAAUAAAAUAAUUUUAUAGGAAUCAUGAAGAUAAUGAGAGUUAUAAAAUUUUAGUGUUUCAGUAUUAAUACCUGUUAACGAUUAGCUUAUGAAACGUAGCUUCGAAUUCGUUUCCAUAUGGCUCAUCUUCAUUGAAUCACUUCAUUCAUAAAAUAUUUUAUCAAAUGAAAAGUGAACAGAUUUGAUUUUAAAAUUUUUAUCAUCGAAGAAACAAUGAUUUUCCACAUCUGCUAGAAAUUUGAAAGAAAUGACUGCCAAUGCUAGUAGUAGGUACUCUGCUCUAGCAUUAUUUCCUAUUUGAUAAUAUUGGAAUGAACAUACCUUUGUAGUGCCAAAGGCUGAUUAAUUCGAUUAUUUUCCACCUUGGAAUUCAAUAGAACCAAGGACAGUCUUCUCCUCAGUGUAUAUAAGAUAAAGUGGAAUCGUUUCAAAUUUCAACGAAAAAUGGGGUAUAGCUUCAUAUAAAAUAGAGAUUAUUCAUUAUUACUGAAAGAUAGGUAAUUGUAAAUAUAUUUUUUCGGUGAACUUUGAAACUGAGAUAUUUUGAAGAUUCACAUGGGUUAUGAGUGAAAAAAGAUUAAUCUAGAAAAAUGGUGCAUAAGGCAAGAAACGAAUAUUAGAAUUAGGGGCAUGGGUACCUAUCUCUUUUCAAAUACCUACUUGUUCCACUUAUUUGUUAUUGAUAUUUCAACUAUUUGGUGAAUGAUGAAUAUGACCAUAUUUUUUUGUUAUGAAUCUGUAAUUUUGUUAUGACUAUGUUACGAUCAUGUGACACUAUUAUUAAUAAAAUCGUAUACUUAUU